AUGGCUGGAGACUUUCGCACUGUCCAACACUGUGAUUCUCUCUCUACUCAAUUUGAAACGAAAUUGUGCUCAAUGACAGUCAUAAACAAAUUCCCAGAUUUGCCAAAAACCUACACCAUUGCACACAAGGCAAUUUCAAAUGAUAAAAAUGAGGCGACCAACUACCCCAUUGAGUUCCUUCACUCCAUUACCCCGACCGGCAUGCCUACACAUCGCCUCAGUUUAAAGCAAGGUGCUACAAUCAUGCUAUUACGCAACCUAGACAUUAACGAAGGACUGUGGAAUGGUACAAGACUGUACAUUAGGCACCGCCAUGAGCACGUACUAGAUGCCGAAAUCCUCACAGGAAGUCACGUCACACAAAGAGUCCUCAUUCCGCAAGUUAAACUUGCUCCAUCAGACUAUAACCUCACAUUCACACUGCAAAGGAUACAAUUUCCAGUUAGACUUGCAUGCUCAAUGACCAUAAACAAAUCCCAGGGCCAGACAUUCGAUAAUCUAGGAAUAUACCUCCCAGCCCCCGUGUUCUCUCAUGGCCAACUCUAUGUUGCAUGUGCUAGAGGGUACUCCAAUGUAUCUAUUAAAGUUGACAACACUUCCUCAGAAGGACUAUUCAGCAACAAGACACUCACUCAAAAUGUUGUCUACAAAGAGAUGCUUUAA